UGCUUCAAGAUGUUGAGAAACCAUGGCUGCUUCAACGUGAUGAUACAGUAAUUGCCAUUGCACUUGUGCAUGGGCUUUCCUGCGUCCGAUUUUCCGGUUGUUGCAAAGCUCUCCUUUGUAGCCAUGUUGAGACUCGAAUACCUCCUUGUCAAUAAAAUCUUCAUUGCAAGUACGACAGAGCUUCAAAAACUGUAGCUGGGGUGUAUACCCGUAGCCUGGACGUUCUGUCAAGUGGCGUCGCAACUCCGACAUGUUCGCACUCUUCACGUUGUUGCAAGUGCGUGGCCAACCAUGUCGAGUUUCCGCGACAAAUACAGGACAGUCGAACCUACGGCUACUGAGACUCUGACCAUUGAACAUGGCGUCAAUGGCUGUAGUUGCAGCCGAACUGAGAGUGUUGGGAUGUUGCAAGUCAUGCCAGAACAGUUCUGCACAUACACCAGGCCAUAUCGCGUUCAGAACCCAAAAUUCAACCCCGAACCCGGCGUCAAUAUAAGCAAGUGCCUGGUAGAUUUGCUACAAUGGUAGCUCAGUACGGGAUAUUCAAGGGAUCAAAUUGUUCAUUGGGUUGUGGUGAUUGAUCUCCACCGCUUUGUAUGGAUGGAUUUGACUCGUUUGAGGAAGAAGGACUCUGCU